GCUGCUAUGCGCCAAGACCUGCGAGCGAGCAGAGGAGAGGGGUGACGCAGAGAGGUUGCUUUUAUCGCCAUUUCUCGAGCACCAAGCCGCAUUUCUUGUUUCGCCGGCGCAUGAGACCUCUGCACCUUCGUCUGUGACUUUUACCGUAUUACAACUCUGACUGGCGCACCCAGCAGAACAAUCAUGGCGGAACUAGAAACCCAGCAGAGUGAAAUUGCCAACUUCUACAAUGGGCAAUCGGUGCUGGUGACAGGCGCCACCGGCUUCCUCGGAAAGGUGUUGAUUGAAAAGCUGCUGCGGGCCUGCCCCGGCAUUGAGACCAUCUACAUCUUAAUCCGCGCCAAGAAAAAUAAAAAUGUGCUCGAGAGGACCGACGAGCUCUUCAUGGACCAGAUUUACAAGAAACUGGAGAAGAGUGCGAUGGCGAAGGUGAUGCCCAUCAACGGAGACAUUGCCUUGCCUGGACUGGGGAUCAGCGAAUCCGACCGAAGCCUCUUGGCCUCGAAGGUGUCAGUGGUGUUCCACUCGGCUGCAACAGUGCGCUUCACAGACCCUCUGAAGCACACGCUGGUGACCAACCUGCGCGGCACGUCCGAGGUGAUCAAUCUGUGCAAAGAGAUGAUCAACCUCAAGUCUUUCCUCUACGUCUCCACCGCCUACUCGCACUGCGUCAGGUCUGAAAUUGACGAAGUCAUCUACGAGACACCUAUGUCACCAGAACAGAUGCUCAGCUGCAUCGAGUGGAUGAGCGCACAGCAAAUGGAAAUCAUGGCUCCCCAUAUAAUGGGUGAUUGGCCGAACUCCUACGCAUUCAGCAAAGCCCUGGCGGAGAAUCUGUUCAAGAACAGAUGUGCAAACCUGCCAGCAGCAAUCUUCCGACCGUCUAUUGUCGUCAGUGCCGCCAAGGAACCUCUUGUCGGCUGGAAUGACAACCUGAACGGACCGAUUGGCAUCACAGCUGGCGUCGCCAUGGGCGUCAUCAGGACUAUGAACGUCGACGUCGACAUGAACGCCGACUUCGUGCCUGUGGAUUACGUGGUAAACUCCAUGAUCGCCUCCGCUUGGGACAUAGCAACCAACAAGACGCCGAUGAGAGUGUUCAACUACACGUCCGGCAGUCGCAACCCCCUCAAGUGGGGUCAGUUCCGAAAGGUGCUCAUCACGGCAGGGUUCGCGGCCCCACCGAAGAAGGCCCUGUGGUACUUCUGCAUGUUCGUCUUCAAGAACGUGCGGUUGCACCGCCUUUCUGUCUACCUGCUGCACUUUUUCCCCGCGAUUCUGCUUGACAUGGCUGCCCUGCUGAUCGGCAAACAGCGACGAUUGUUCAAGCUGUACCAGAAAGUGGACGCGCAGACGUCGGCACCCGCAUACUUCGCUUUGCGCCAGUGGGACUUUAAGGACGAUAACGUCCGCAGCACCCUCAACCGCAUGUCGACGAGUGAUCGCAAACUCUUCCACUUCGACAUUGAAGAUCUAGACUGGAAGAGUUAUAUGAAUGACUUUUAUUAUGGAAUGCGCCUGUACAUCCUCAAGGAUGACCCUGCAAACAUUCCUGAUGCCCUGAAGAGAUAUGACAGGUUGAAAAUUAUGCACAGAGGACUUCAAGUGAUCCUGUCGCUCGGCUUUCUUGGAAUUGUGUCUAAGAUUGUCUCCCUGGCGGCGACAGGCAUAUUGGCCCUCGAGACGCCAGCAUAGUUCUGGUUACUGAUGAAGCUUCCUUGCCUUAAGAAGUAAGGACAGUUUUGCCGCCAACGAGCAUUGGCGCUUCCUAAAUGUGUACUCGCGGUCUGUUAUCCUUUCACGGGUUGCGGCACUUCUAUUCCAAGGCUUGCGAGUGUGCAGAGCAUGCCUUCUCAAAAAAUGCAGUUUAAAGAUCGCAGAAUCCGGCUUCUGUAAAUAGGAAUUUUUGUGCGGGCUCACAUCUAUAUGACUCAAUUCGUGUUUUUGAGGACGUUGUCUGUGUUUAUUUAUGUAUUACUUUCGAGCGUAAUCGAGAGCUUCUAAUAAAAUAAAUACUGUGUAAAUAUUAUA